AUGUCCUCUCCGCCCUUUCGCCUCCUCCCACCCAUCUUUUCAAUCUUUGACUCAGGCCUCGCCGAAACCGCAAACCUCCCCCUCUUCUACCUCUCUCACGACGCCGAACCCUCCGAGAUAGACAAUGCAAUCGGCAUCAACAUCCACGCCGGCCCCUUCUCCACCGCGCCCAUCAUCGCGCGCCUCACCCACCGCCUCAUCCUCCUCCACGAAGACCGCGGCCUACAGGGGAAUGCCCAAGGCUUCCGCUCACUGCUAAGCCGCAUCAUCCGCGGGAAGAGGUAUCAAGGCCUAUGGCGCUUCACAAUGCGUCUUCGCGACCCUUGUUGGAGGGAAUUGACGACCGAUAUCGACUUCGAAUGGCGGCAUAGUCGAGGGUUGUCGAUUCGGACACUUCGCCUUUCAGACGGGUGGCUACUUUGGCGGAAACGCACGCCCGACGAAACCCGCAUCCUGAAAGCUCCACGACAGACGCAUAUCGGACAGAAGUACAUCGGAAGGGGAGGCCACGCCAAAUUAGACGAGGAGUUGGUCGCCAUGAUAUCAAUCGACCCCUCGCGACCGUACCUCGGUACAGGAUUCCGAUUCCUCAACUCCGCCGCCGUUCCCCCUGAUGUAGAAGAUACACCCUUCUUGAACGACGACUUUGCGUUGGUGGCGAUCAUGUCCGGCAUUGGCAUCGUCAUGGGCGAAACCGAAACCUUAGGCGGCGUCUUGACGUCAGAGGAAAUACAGGCUUCACAGAGGCCUCACCUCAAGCGUGCCGCGUUGGUGGAGAAGCACGCCCGUGAGGCAAAGGAGUGGCUCGCUACGCUGAAUCUGAUGGAUGACAAUGACCACGACGAUGAGCCGUCCCAUUUACGAAGAACGCAGACAGCGCAGUCUGUCGGCGCCCGAAACCUCUUCGCAACGGAGGUCUCCACAGAAGAGCCUGCAUCCUGA